AUGUCACAGCUGGACGAUCUGCCGAACCGGGACCUUGCCGAAGAAAUCGAGGCUAUAAACGCCAUAUACGAGCCUGACACGAUCACAAUCAGCCGGACGGCGAGCACCUCCACCAGCACGCUAGACCUGGGCAGCGCCGGCUCCUCUUCCAAUGACCCCGCACAAACGACGGUGACGCUCCAGCUCCCUGGCCAACCGCAUCUUUCCUUUCUGAUCGGGUUUGGAGCUUCGUAUCCGGAAACCCAGCCGUAUAUCCUUGGGACUGCGUCGACUGCAGCGCGUGGGGAGGGCAAGAUUGCUGUUGAUGUGUUGGAAGAUAUUGUACAGCGGACAUGGCAGCCUGGUGCGGUCUGUUUGUUCGAUGUGAUUAGUGAAGCUGUGGAGGUAUUCCCAGAACUCAAUAUUGGAGGGAAUAAGGAAAGUGAACAACUAUCCGGAACAACGGAGUCAACGCCAGCCGGACAAUCUUCAAAUUCAAACGACAAACUUGAUGAGGAGAUCACCAUCUCGAACGAAGAAUUUGCGGCCCUCUCAUUAAAGGACGCCUUUGGACUUGACAGCCCACCCGAUUGGAUUCUUUCCGACGUCGUGACGGAGAAGAAAUCUGUUUUCCUGGCCAGAGCCGUCCAGGUAAAGGAUCUUGCGCAGGCGCAGGCAUUCCUGGAUCAUCUAACGGCUACGGAUAAAAAGGUCGCCGUGGCAUCACACAAUAUAUCCGCUUGGCGUAUUAAGCAGAAGAAAGAAGGAGGAGCCCCAGGCUCAGAUUCUGGAGAGACUGUUGUGCAGGAUUACGACGACGAUGGGGAAACUGCUGCAGGGGGUCGGCUACUACAUGUUAUGCAGCUGAUGGAUGUUUGGAAUGUGCUUGUUGUCGUGUCGCGCUGGUACGGUGGUAUUCAUUUGGGGCCGGCGCGGUUCCGACUCAUUAAUGAUGUUGGUCGUGAUGCUUUGGUCAAGGGGGGGCUUUCGGCGCGAGGAAUCGUCGGUCCCUGA